CUAUAUCUACCUUGUAUACUUCUUAUGAAAUGAAGGGCUAUUUAUGAAACAAGUUUGCUGACAUGUUAACCAGUGAUUUGCUCAAGAAACCGCUCCAAUGAACAGAUACGUUGUGUAGCCUCCUCGAUGUUCUCCAAAUAAAGCAUGUAUAACAGAAUUUCGUUAAGGGAGGAGGACCCUCGAUGCGGAUCCUUUUGCAACUUUGUGUCAAGCGAGCCUCGAUCUACAAGGCAGAGAAAAGUCAAACCAGCCAUCGCGCCUUAGGUCACCGCAGAUGAAUGAUCGACCGGCUCCGAUAAUUCUAAAGCGUUAAUUUGGAGGGUCCAUGCCACUCAGAUGUGCCAAGAGCUUGGGUCACUUGCUGGCUACCGGACAAGUGUUUGCCAUCCCAAAAGCAGGGACGUCAUUUCCCCCCCUCUCAGCUGCAUUGCACGAAGAACAAGGGUUGCUUUUUAUUCCCCCCUCCCCUUUUGCCACCGAGCCGGCUGCUCGCUCUAGCAUGUGCUCCCUGUGGUCGACAGUGUCCUAUCAUCAUCGUAAGCGCCCCUGCCAUGCAGGCACAGCGCUGUCACCAGACUUUAGAACCGAAAUUUAGAUAAUUUUGCACGUUGGUGCGGCGU